AAAUGAUUAAUAUUUAGCUUAAAAUGUAGGUAUUUUAUAUUGUAGUAGCUAAUCUCGUGCGGUUUCAGCCGCUCUGCUCGGCUCCUAUUGGUCGCAGCAUGAUAUUUUAUAGCCUAUAGAGUUAUUUGAUAAAUGGACUGUCUAACACAAAAAUAUUUUUUUAACCGAUUCAUUGCCACCUUCAUUUUCGUGAACAUUUCAGCCAGGCCCCAUACAUUGGUCGGUGGCUCACCAUUUGAGUCAUCGGCCUCCCUGAAGGAUGACUCAACUGUUGAGUCAUUGGCCCCCUGUAAUGAUUUAAUGCUUUUCGCCGUCAUUCGAGCCAGUCUGAUAACCAGGAAGGUUUUAUUGUGUUCUCCUAUUCGAAGUAGUGAAUAUUAAAAGUGAAUAUGGCGUUUCAAGAUAAUCAGGAGAACGACGAUUUUACUGAAUGUAGCCAGGCAUUGUUUACUGAUUUCUAUGAUCAACAAAAUGACGAGAAAGAAAACCAAAGUUUUCCAAACUCUAGUCAAUCGAUUUUGGAAAAAAGUAUACCAAAGAAGCGUCAAUUCACUGAAUCUCGGAAUAGUUGCAAUGUAGUUUCUAAUAACAGUUCAGAUACUAGCAUUGAAGAAAUUCUGGACUCUGAUGAAGACGAACAUAUUGAAAGGAAAAAAAAAUGUUAUCUUAAGAAUGAAAAUAAAAUGAAUAAUGAGGUCUCUAUAGAAAAAAAAUCAGAACAUGUUUGCUGUGCAGCAAAAAAAUAUUUUAAUGCAUUAUUCUCUAAGGAUUUUACAGCAGAAUUGAAUACACAAGAUGAGUUGCCUCCAAUUUAUGCUCAGUUUGAGCAUGAUUUAGGCAUAAUGCUUGCUUUUCGGUUGAGAAAUGUACCAGCCGACAAACGUUUGGAGUGUUAUGAAAAACUAAUUAAUACUGUUAGACAAUACGAAGGGAAAAAAUAAAGAAAGAUAAUAAACAAGACAUUUAUUAAUAAUAAUAAUUACAAGAAUCA